AUGUUUAGGUUUAGAAUUAGAAUGGUAAUGAUGAUGAUCGUAUCCAUUAUCUAUGUCAUUCAAUUAUUAUUUUUACAAUAUUGCAAUGGACUAGAAUAUGUAUUGAUAAUGACAUUUAAUACAUCGUCGUGUACAAUGGCAACUGUUAAAGAUUUCUCUAGUAUCCCUUUGGACACUUGCUUUCCACAUGAACAAUCUCUUUCCAGGUCAUUCAAGUAUACCAUCACAAAGUCUGCUGAUGGUGUCAAGAGACCUACCGUCACCCAAUACCGAGACAAUAGUUGUCAUUGGAAAUCCUAUGAAUUUGUAGAGACUGAUGUUGUUAUUGGGACAUGCACACAAUCAAAAGUGAACGGUAAUAUUUUCAGCAAUGCAGAGAUUAUUACAGAAGCUAAUCAUCAAUCAAUCAAUCCAUUUGGAGACAGAUAUUGUUAUGAAAAGUAUACUGCUCCAUGCAAGAUUGGAGUACCAUAUAGUAAAACAUGUUUUACUAAAAUUGAAUCAAAUAAGACCAAUAUAUUUGAUAGAGCUAUAAAUGAAUGGGUAUCUUGGACUGAAUCACAUAAAAAUGGUAUUAUACUUGGUCACGGCUUUCCUUCGACAUUCGCAGAUGCCAGCCCUUUGCAUCUUGUCACAGAAAAGUGUAACAAAUCAAGAGAGACUGCCGCCGCACCCUCUACCAACAAUCCAAUGUUUGUGUACAAUGCCAUUCUUUACUCACCGAUUUACACACUGCUUCAAGUCGACGUUCGUCAAAGGAUUACCCAAAGUCCACUUUUCAUCAAGGUGAAACCGUUUACGAGCAACUGGAACGAGGAGGUGACCGAAGAUCCAAGUAGAACACCUAAUCUGGCAUCUAACAGCACUAUUGAUUGUAAGGUUGGUGGAAAGGGUUUACUAAACGGUAUUUUUGAAAACCCAGUACAAAUGUGGCAGACAGUAGAUACCGACAUUGAUAUUCUCAAAAUCGAUUGUAUUGUCCGAAAUGAAGAUGAUGAUGUUGAAUUAUAUUGGAAUUUAGACCCAUGCUUUUCAAGAUCAUUUGGAGGAUGUAAAAGAUUAUCAAAGUCGUCGUUGGAAUGUUAUGCAUACGGUUACAUAGAGUGUAAAAGUGUCUAUAAUGUCAAAUGUCGUGUUGGUAAUAGUGUAUGUGAAUACAAACAUGUUGGAACAUCAUUAAGAUCUUCAUCUUCUUCAUCUUCAUCAUCAUUGUCGUCAUCCUAUGAUAAUUCAAACGCCACUGUCUCACUACAUCAUGCUCUCACUAUUAUCAUCAUCACAAUGUUUGUGUUUAAGAAUAUGAAGAUAAUGUUGAUAUCCAUUAUCUAUGUCAUUCAAUUAUUAUUAUUUAUACAAUAUUGUAAUUCUACUACUACUAGAGAAUAUGAAUUGAUAAUGACAUUUAAUACAUCGACAUGUACAAUGGCAAAUGUAAGAGAUUUCUUUAGUAUCCCUUUGGACACUUGUUUUCCACAAGAACAACAGUUUUCCAAUUCAUUCAAAUAUAACACCCCUACGUCUGGAGACGGUAUCAAAAGACCGACCAUCAACCAAUACGCAGACAACAAUUGUACUUGGAGAUCAAGUGAACUAGUAGACAACGAUGUUGGUAUUAGGAUAUGCACUCAAUCCAAAGUGGACAGUAGUAUUUACAACAAUGCAGAGAUUAUCACAGAAGCUAAUCAUCAAGCUAUCACUCCCUUUGGAAACAGAUAUUGUUAUGAAAAAUAUGCCGGCCCAUGCAAGAUUGGAGUACCAUAUAGUAAGACAUGUUUUACUAAAUCUUUAACAAAUAAGACCAAUAUAUUUGAUAGAUCUAUAAAUGAAUGGGUAUCUUGGACUGAACCAUUAAAAGUCAGGAUUAGUGACAACAAACCAAACGUUAGCAUGACAUGCCCUUUCAUUGGAUGUGAUAUUGUCAACACAAACAUUAUGAUCUCCUCAUCUAUCAAAAUCAUUGUAUACCUUCCAAAUUACAAAGCAUUGGGGCCUCCAGAAACAUUAGACCAACAAACCAUUCCUAUUACAAGACCAAUUGCUUUUGUUACAGAUACCAACAAAGACAUUUUCAAAAUUGAUUGUGUUGUCCAAGAUGAUGAUGUUGUUGUUGUUGCAAGAGAUAAAGAAAGAGACAACAAUGCAUGUUCAUCAACAUCGUUUGGGGAUGUAAAAGAGGAUCGUCGAGUGAAUACUCUAUGUCAUAAAGUUUAUAAUUAA